AUUGCGGGGACCAUGUGACUGCUGCUCAGGAGCUCCUGCCAAGAAAGUAAAAAUUUAGAAAGUCCGUGUGAGAGUAAAGACUCAAGAAGCCACUGGGAUGCUGCAAGCCAGAGAAAAUGAGAAGAAAGACAAGAAACUUCAAACAUAAGACAGUUAAAGACAAUAAAACAGUCACAGAAGUGCGUGUCCAAGAAUCUGAAAAAGAUGAUAGCAGCUAUUCUGACCCUACAACAAACGAGAGAAUUCAGGCUGAAAAGAAACAGUAUGUAUGUCCUGAGUGUGGGAAAGCCUUUAGUCAGAGUGCAAACCUUACGGUACAUGAGCGAAUCCACACAGGAGAGAAACCCUACAAAUGUAAGGAGUGUGGGAAAGCUUUCAGUCAUAGCUCCAAUCUUGUUGUCCACCGGAGAAUCCACACUGGACUGAAGCCCUACAAGUGCAGUGAAUGUGGGAAAUCAUUCAGUGGUAAGUCACACCUCAUUCGGCACCAAGGAAUCCACAGCGGGGAGAAAACUUUCGAAUGUAAGGAGUGUGGAAAAGCCUUUAGUCGAAGCUCAGGUCUUAUUUCCCAUCACAGAGUUCACACUGGGGAGAAGCCCUACACUUGUAUUGAGUGUGGGAAAGCCUUUAGCCGUAGUUCAAACCUUACUCAACAUCAGAGAAUGCACAAAGGAAAAAAAAUUUACAAAUGUAAGGAAUGUGGGAAAACAUGUGUUUCUAAUACAAAAAUUAUGGACCAUCAGAGAAUUCACACAGGAGAGAAGCCUUAUGAGUGUGAUGAGUGUGGAAAAGCUUUCAUCUUAAGAAAAACCCUUCAUGAACAUCAGAGACUUCAUCGUAGAGAGAAACCUUACAAAUGUAAUGAGUGUGGGAAAGCUUUCACUUCUAAUCGAAACCUCAUUGAUCACCAGAGAGUUCACACUGGAGAGAAACCCUAUAAAUGUAAUGAAUGUGGAAAAACCUUCAGGCAGACUUCUCAAGUUAUUUUGCAUUUGAGAACCCACACUAAGGAGAAACCUUAUAAAUGUAGUGAGUGUGGGAAAGCCUAUCGCUACAGCUCCCAGCUUAUUCAACAUCAGAGAAAACAUAAUGAGGAGAAAGAAACCUCAUAGGUCACAUAUUGGUGGUAAUAGAAGUAAUACCUACUUUUUGGAAAAGCAGGUUUUUGAUAUUAUCGAUCUUAAUUCUACUUCUAAGAACUCACAGGGAAAAUAAUCAGAAGUAGAUAAAGAUUUAACGGAAAUAAUACUCAUGCCAGAUGGUAUACAACUAAAAGAAGAAAACUAGAUCAUCAGCAUUAUGGGGUCUAAAUGAAUGAUGGUCCAGCCAUAUGAUGGUUUUGCAGCUGUUAUGAACAUUUUUAAAGGGUAUGUAAUGCCAUGGGUGAAAUAAUCCAUGUGGAUAAAAUGGAAGAUAAAGUAUGAUCCAAUUUUUUAAAACACUUAGGUAUGAGAAAAGAGAAGAAAUAAUAUCAAACCAAAAUUUUAACAGUGAUUUACACUGGAUGAUGGAAUUAUAAGUGAUUUCUAUUUUUUUCUUUAUGCUUUCUAGAUUUUCUACAAAUGAGAAUGUACUACUUUUAUAUUCAGGAAGAAGUACAGUAUUUUUAAAAUGCAACAAUUACAUACUCACUUUUACUUAACUCAUAGCACGUAGGCUCUAUUGAAAGGUAAUACUGGCACCAAGUAGCAGUGGAAGCAGGAGCAGAUCGAUUCCUUUCAGAGCCUGUUUCCUGUGUAGUAAAAUCAAGCAAAUCCAUUUCAUCACCAUUAUGUUAAAACAACACAGCAAAAACUUACUAUAGCCUCCUCUCCCACAUUAUAAGAUCUGCAGAUUAAAAGAGCCACCACAUCUUUUCAAUGUAUAUCCACAAAAGUAGAAAAAAAAAAGCACUCUUAAGAAACUAAAACAACUGCUGUUUCAUAACCUAUUAAGAGAGCCAGUCAGCGUCAUCUGAAUUUCGCAGAAGAUUCUGCCUAUGUGAUGCUUAGUAGCUAAAGUGCAGGCUUUAGGAUCAGAGACAGGUGUUCUAACCUCAGAUCUGCCACACUGGAGUUUGUCAGUUUUGGUUGCAAGAUGGUGUGAGAACACAUAAAAGCUCCCGUUUCUCAAUCCAGCCUCCCUCUGUUUUAUAUUGAAUCCUUACAUCUAAAUGCUAUUUGUCUUUUGUACAAAGUAAUUAUUAUUUCAGGAAUUGAGAAUCUGUCAUCCCAUGUAAUCCUUACCAUUGUACAAGAAAAUAGAAUCUCAGUGAGGUUAGGUGACUGUUCAGUAAGUGAUCAGAGUAAGGAUUUGAAUUCAGAUCGGACUUCGAAGUCCAUGCUUUCUUCAUUAAACCAAAGUGCUUCUGCCUGCCAUGGUGGUUCAUAUGUAAGUGAGAGACCAAUAUGGAUUGUCCUGGGUUGUCCCCUCCAGGAAAGGUGGUUAUAGCUGGACAAUUAUUUCAUCAUGGUUUCAUAAGGAAUAUGUCAGUCUUCUCUUGAGUUAGACUUAUGGCCUAUCUCUGCAUCUUAGUUUAAUUUAGUUCAAGGAUGAUAUAUUUCAUCUUUGCUGUUACUGGAAGAAAAGAAAUGGAAGGUGUAAGUAUAUAUGUGAAUAGGGAUUGUUUGAUUUUGUCCUAUUUUAAUAGGAUAGUGGCUUACAAGUAAUUUUGUGAUAUAAAAGAGUCUUUUUGCAUAAUUAUUGAAAGCAAAGUUUGGAGGCCCUGGAACAGAUCUGCUACUUGGAGGGGCAGGACUGUUGAUCAUCAGUUAUCCCUGUACCUGUACUUCCUCAGGGCACAAGGGUAGGAUAACCCACAUCUGACAGCAGUAAAGGUGUUUCCAUCAUUUCCCCCUUAUUACGAGCCCUUUUAAAAUUAAAGAACAGGUCUGUAUUCCACAACUCUUGUCAUGCCAGCCAUCCUUACCUGCUGUUACCUGCAUGGAAACGGCCCAUGGUGGAUGUCUAGUGUUCUUUCUUAACCUACUUUAGAAAACAGGCAAUUGACUUAUCCUAUGUGCCUCUCAGGGUUAUUUUUUGAGCAUUUGUUAUUGCUGAGCAGGUAUUCUCUGAGCAAAACAUUUCCCCAUCACUGUGCCAGUGUCAGAAAUUCUUCAAAUAGCUUUUUCAUUUUAAAAGACUCUGUGGUCUUGAGAAUAAAGAAUUCCUAGCAAGGAUACCCCUGAGAUAUGGAUACAAAUCCUGGCAUUUCUUGUGCCAGGUGGGCUAAGAUAACAGACCCAUCUUCUAGGCUGAUACCUGUCUUGAGCUGCAGGAAUAAAUGUGGGGUGGUCCUUGUACUUUGUCAGAUAAAUAUUCCACAAUAUAAUAGGCAAGUGAUUGCCUAUCUUCCAGGAGUUUUUCAAGACUGUAAGCAGUAUGCUUAGCCAGACAGUUUCUCCCAUCCUUUCAAGCCCUUUCAUGAUGUCUGGAGUUCAGGGUCUAUUUUUUUUUUUAACUUCCUGUUCUAGUGGAAACCUGGUUUUCUAACAGCAGUGUUUUCUGUUCAAUCUCUCAAUUCCUAAUUUCUGUCACCCUCAAGUUAUGUUGAUUUCUGUUCUGCCAAAUCUUCUAGCUCUUUUGAAAUAAUGUAGCGCUAGACAUUUAGUUUCUUACUAUUCCUGUUCUUGUCUUUCACUGGCUUCUUAUGCUUAUGUUUUUAGGACCCUGAAUAUUCCUGAGGACUAUGAAAAGGUAGCAGUGUUAACCACAGACAUCCUAUCCUGGUUGUAUAGAAUUGUUCUUGUGUGGGAUAAAUAUAUCCUGUUUUAGUUGAGAGAAAAUGUGUAAAAUGAAAGCAUAUUUUAUAUCUAGCUUUGAUUGAAGGGAAAUAUGAAAGACAAAGAAUCCUGCAUAGAGUGAAGUGUCUCCCUAGCCUUAGUCAGAUAUUUUCCAUUGAUGGUGUGUACUGUGUUCGGUCAUAUUUGGAGCUAAGAAGAAAACCAAAACUGAAGAGAGUUUUAACUGAGUCAUUCCACUGAAUCUAAAUCCCAUAUGACUAAAUUUCAUUUGAACUCUGUGUUCUCAAUUUAAAUAAAAUAUAUACUGUUAGAUUGUGUUUAGAAACUAGACUGUCUAUUCACCUCUGAUGUUAUAACA